AAUGCUGAGACAAAAGUGGUAGAGAUGAGUAGUAAUUUGAUGUCAGAACUGCCUCAUUUAGAGAGUCGUAUUAUUUCCAAAGUACAUGGAAAUUCAGUCAUAUAUCCAGUUAAUACAAUGCAGCAAGAUUCAGGUAAAAGACAGAAAAAUAGUAGAGAAAUUUUAGAGACAAUAUCGAAAUGUACAGAGGCUACUAUUGAAAUUGAUGUCCCAAUACGAUGCUUUGCUUAUGAGCUUUAUUUAGAAAAGAAGGCAAAAGGCAAAGGUUUUGUUAUUAAAGAUGAAGCCAUUAAAGAAGGGUAUAAGCUUUACAUGAAUGAUGAUGAAGUCGAAUUAGCUUUAACUAUUCUUCACAAUAGCACAAUCAUUUUAUACUACCCUAAAAUCCAACCACAACUAGUAUUUGUUAACCCUCAAAAAAUCAUCAAUGUUCUUUCCCAUUUGUUAGCUCUUACUUAUGUCGAUUAUCCAACAGCACAAUCACUGGCAACAAAUGUAUCUAAUGAUGAGAUGAUGUGUCUUAAAAACGAAGGGUGCUUCACAAAAAUUCUUCUUGAAAAGUUUAUAGAUGUAUUUUCAGAUGAUUUUACACCAGAUUAUUUCAUUAACCUGCUUCAACAUCUUCAUAUUAUCAGUGAUUUAACUGAUUUCAAUAGCCAAGCCCAGGAUGGAGAUAAUAGCUAUUUCCUUCCUUCUGCUUUACCUCCCUACAAUAAUAGCUAUGAUAUCAAAGUAACUAUAAAGCCUCUUUAUUAUGUGUGGCAAAAGCAGAAAGGAAAAUUGGGACUUCAAAAUACUGCGACUCUUGUUCCUCAAGGAAUUUUUCCUUUAAUUUUUAUCCAUUUGCUUCAACAGAACAAAUAUAAAGUUGAAUUUCCUCCUCGCCCUAAAUAUCGUGAUGCUUUUUCAUUAUGGAUCUAUAUUGAAGGAAUACAUUACACACUUUACAUUAUUAAUUGCUAUGAACAUAUUGCAGUCUAUUUCGAUGGUCCUAACUGUUCACAAGUUCGUAAGCUGAUUACCACAACUAUUAAUACAAGCUCUGAUGCUAUUAGUGCUAAACAAAAUUAUGUGAGUGCAUUUCCUUGUCCCAAUGGAAAAAAGCAUUGCUAUUGUAUUGUGAAUGAAGAGUAUAAGGUGGCAAAUUGCUCAAAGUGUGAUUCAAAUGAUAUCAGUAAAAGUGAUGAGAGUUACUGGUGCUGGUUUGACUGUAGUUCAGCAGACAAAGCAAAAAGUAUUGAAAGAGAAGAGACAGAUUCAAAACUUGGCGAAUCAAUAGUUUCUAAACAUAAUCCUGGUCCUAUAAUAGGCAAGGAGCUUGAUAUGGCAGCAGUCAUAAAGAUAUUUGGUUCUUCUGAUGACCAUUACAUGACAAUAGGAGCUGGAUUGAAUGUAAAGACGACUGAUCUCAAACCAAUACCAGGAACAGCAAGUACCAAUCUUAAUUUGGUAUUCCAGAGGUGGUUUGAUGCUGAUAGAGAUGUUAGUUGGGGUAGAUUAAUGAAACUUUGUGAUGACUUUCCUGAUAAACUGGGCAGAGCAAAAUCUAACCUUCUGGAAUAUAUAGAAAGCAGUGGGGCAACACAAGCAAGUGCUGAAAAAGAAGAGACUGCUCCAAAAGAACCACAUAGUAGCACAGCAGCUGCCAAAGACAAGAGUAAAAGUGAUGAUCAAAGGUCAAAUCCACCUCCAGAUGUCGGCAAAUAUUGUCCAGAGCUUANAGAUAAAAUUCAAAAUGAGCCAUUUACUGAUGAUCUUGUGAAAGAUAUUAAUAUAGUUCUUGUUACAGCCACUGAUAGUAGUGAAAAGUUAUGCUUCUAUUAUAAAUAUUUUCAUUUAAUAUAUAGGCAAGGAGCUUGA